AUGGGUCAGCUAAAACUGAAGUGCUGGAUCUUCGGGAAAGGUUCUUUUAAAAGAUAUAUAACUCACACCUGCCCGUUGAAGCAGCGUGACAUCUUGGUGCUUUUUGUAGUGAAGAAGCUGUGCGAAGAUAACUACACAACGACGACGACGGCGACGACGAUGAAGUACCUGAUUUCGAUGUUGGGUCUGGGGCUGCUGCUCGUAUUCGUGACCAGUGUGGCGGAGAGCAGUUUGCGCAACAGUUUGGCCAACUCGACCGACCUUAUCGGGGGUGGUGGCGGUGCUAACACGCUGCAAAAGAACGAUUCGUGCUUGAUUCUGUGUAACUACUGCGGCUGCGACGGGAGCUUCGUGGGCGACGACUGUGUUUGCGAUUGUGGCAUCGAUGGUGAGGAACAUAUCAAAUGCUUGGAGAAGCUAGAGUCUGCUGAACAAGAGGUUGACUUUGAGACGUUCGAGGAUGAGAUGAGUUUCAUUGCGACUCAGUCUGGAAUGCUGGGGCGUCGUUUGCGACGGGAAGUGGACGACAGGAUGGAACGGGUGGGACCCGGUCGGAAGCUGAACCGUAAGAACAAGCGGAAGAAGGUCAACCGGCAGCAGCGUGGACGUGGACGACGAUUUCUGCAGAUGUUAACCAGUGGACCGAAUAAGAAUAAGGAAUAA